AUGGAAGCUAAAUUCUUCCGCUUUCUCAAGAUUGUUGGAGUCGGUUUCAAGGCUAGAGCAGAAUCUGAAGGUCGUCUCUUGUACCUUAAGCUGGGUUACAGCCAUGAGGUUGAACUGACCGUGCCCCCUGCCGUUCGUGUCUUCUGCUUCAAACCGAAUGUGGUUUGCUGCACUGGGAUUGACAAGUAUAGGGUACAUCAGUUUGCUGCUUCUGUAAGGAGUUGUAAGCCUCCUGAAGUUUACAAAGGCAAAGGCAUUAUGUACAUUGAUGAAGUGAUUAAAAAGAAGCAGGGAAAGAAAUCAAAAUGAGAACCUUUAUUCGUGGUUCUUUCUUGGACUUGAGGGGUUUUUGUUCUUUGUAUGAUGCUAGACAAUUUCCUUAUGUAAUUUUUUCUCGUACUGCUUGAGUACUUUAAAAAGUUGAGAGUGGUUGAAGGUCUUCUACCGUAGUCACAGAAGUUGCUAAACAUUUCAAUGACUAUUUCUGUAUCGGCUUUUUCAUCCUUUCAAAUACUAUUAGAUAAGCGACGGAUGGCAUUGAUGAAA